CGUUGUACAUAGUAUACUAGUGCUGUUGAAGAGCGGACGAACCCGAAUCAGAGAUCAACAGCAUCAGGCCCAUUGCAGUCAGUUUAUAUAAGUUAACGUUCAUUUCAAAGAGAUCCUUAUAACUAACAGUGUUUUUUUAAAAACACUGUUUACCAUCCAUAGACGCCACGGAUCAUCCCAGAAUGCCAAACAUCAAGAUUUUUAGCGGCAGUUCGCAUCCGGAUCUGUCGCAGAAGAUCGCGGACCGACUGGGACUCGAGCUGGGGAAAGUUGUCACCAAAAAAUUUAGCAACCAAGAGACCUGUGUAGAGAUCGGAGAGAGUGUGCGUGGGGAAGAUGUCUAUAUUGUCCAGAGUGGCUGUGGGGAGAUCAACGACAAUCUCAUGGAGCUGCUAAUCAUGAUCAACGCGUGUAAGAUUGCAUCAGCGUCCAGAGUUACAGCGGUCAUUCCCUGCUUCCCCUAUGCUCGGCAGGACAAGAAGGACAAGGUGGGGAGUCGGGCUCCGAUCUCAGCCAAGCUGGUCGCUAAUAUGCUGUCUGUGGCCGGAGCAGACCACAUCAUUACUAUGGACCUACACGCCUCUCAAAUUCAGGGGUUCUUUGACAUCCCGGUUGAUAACCUGUAUGCUGAGCCGGCAGUCCUCAAAUGGAUAAAAGAAAACAUCAAUGAAUGGAAGAAUUGCACCAUCGUUUCUCCUGAUGCUGGUGGAGCCAAGAGAGUGACGUCCAUCGCUGAUCGGCUGAAUGUGGACUUUGCGUUGAUCCAUAAGGAGCGGAAGAAGGCGAAUGAGGUAGAUCGGAUGGUGCUGGUUGGGGACGUAAAGGACAGAGUGGCCAUUUUAGUGGAUGACAUGGCAGAUACGUGUGGGACAGUAUGCCAUGCGGCUGACAAACUUGUGUCUGCUGGAGCCACCAAAGUGUACGCUAUCUUGACUCAUGGUAUCUUCUCUGGGCCUGCCAUUUCUCGGAUCAACAAUGCCAACUUUGAGGCCGUCGUGGUCACCAACACAAUUCCACAGGAGGACAAAAUCAAACACUGCAGCAAGAUUCAGGUGAUUGACAUUUCUAUGAUCCUGGCAGAAGCAAUCAGACGGACACAUAAUGGGGAGUCGGUGUCCUACCUGUUCAGCCAUGUGCCCUUAUAACUCACACACACAUACAUGUGCCAUCUGUUCACACACAAUCUCUUAAUAUAAACUCAUGAGGGAGAGUCAGUUCUGGGCCUGUUAAGCUAUGUGCCCUUAUAAUACGCAUAUCAUUUCAAUUCUGACAUUAAAGCUUAUUCCUGGACAGUGAAAGAACUCUCUACAGCUACACAUAGCUCCCCUUUGCUGCUGCGUGUUUUGACUCAACAUUUUUAAAUAAUAUUGUUCAUAUCUAACAGCUCUAUACUUCUAUAAUUUCCAUCUAUUACACUUCACUCAGUGGAUUUUGCCCCUAGUUUAACAUGCUGGUUAUAUGUACCUGCAUGUUAGACUAAAGGAUUUUCUUGAAUGUCGCAUUGUUAGUUCUGCCUCAGAAAUUAAUUAACACCAACAAUUUGGGAAAAAAUGCAACAACAACUGCUGCUGAGUAUUUCCUCCAAUACUGAAUAUUUUGGCAUUUAAGAUCAGAAGUUUACUGUGUAACUUAAAGAUACGAUGCUUAUUAUAUACAGUUCUGUAACAGUAUCUAAUUGUUAAGCUGUGGAUAGCCAGUAGGUAACUGCUGUGAUUGCUGGAAAUGGGUUACACCCCUUUAGAAUGCUGUUGCCGUGGCAGCUGGAACAUUUGGAAACAUAGUACUUUGGAUACUCUGGUACUUUUUUUUUUUUUUCUCUCAGGUUUCAGUUUUAGAUUAUUUUUUGUCACUUGAAUAGAUCUCAUCUUUUCAAAGUUUUUUGAAAUGGUGAAAGCCAAGAGCUCUGUGGAAAUUUAGGUCAUCUUUUUCUUUUUAAUAUGUUGUUGUGAAAUGUUUUGGAUCUUUAUGUUUACAGCCAGGCAGCGUUUUUGACUGCUUGUGGACGCUGCUCUGAAGUUUUGACUGAACCCAAACAAGUACUAUUGGCUAUUGUCGAAUUGUCAAUCAAUAAUUUGCAACCUACUCCAUCAAUUUAAGUCACUUUAUCCCAGAAACACAUUGUGAAUUUUAUGUACUGGAAUAACAAGGAAAGCAUGUAGAUGAUCUCUUACUAGAUCUCUAUUUGUUUCUGGGUCAAAGUGAUUAAAAAGGAUGAACCAGGUCACAUUUAAUUUUUGCCGUUUCUUGCAUAUAUCUGUUUGUGUCAGUGUGUUUCGUCUUUCAAGUAUGUUUCUUAUCCAUGCUACUUUGGCCAAAUCAGAUAAAAUACCAAUAACUACAUGACUGACUGCUUUCACUGGAAUGGUCUCACCUGUCUGAGUUCGGUGGGUAAGACUAAAUUUGAUUGGUCAAUACCGAUUGCCUUAACGAAGGAAAGAAAUCAGAAAAUUGUAUUGUGUUAGAAUGCAGAAUGUAGAGUAAAGCUUUUCAGAAAAAAAA